AUGGAUUGCAAGUGUAAAACAAAUUCUUCUUUAUUUAGAGAGUGUUGUUAUCAAAAAUAUAUAUAUAAACCAAAACUUUUUAAAGAUCCUAAUAGUGAAUAUUAUAAUUAUUUGUUAAUAAAUAUUGCAAAACUUAAUUCACAAACAAAAAAUCGUGACUAUGAAAAACUUAAAGAAAAGAUAAAAAAUACUUUUGAUUUAAAUUUAUUAAAAACAAAAGUUCAAAGAUAUAACAAUCUAAGAGAAAAAAUCAAUGCUGAAACUAAUAUAGAACAACUUAGAGAUCUUCAAUAUUGGCAUCAACAAAUUACUAUUGAUGCAAUACUACCAAAUAAUUUAAAAGAACAACUUAAUAAUAUACAUAAAGAACAAGUUAAUAGAUAUUGGUAUAGAGAGAUACAACAAAGCAAAAAUUUACUUAAAUCUCAACGUAUUGAAUUAAAUAUUUUAAGAGAUGAAACUUUAAAAAAACUGUCAAACAAAUACUAUGAUGAAGAACAUGUUCAAGAUUUAUCAAAUGAUAGUGAUUUAGCUAUAGCAAUUAAUAAUUUUAAUCAAACAUUAUUAGAUGAAGACCAAAAUAAAAAUCAACUAAUAGAUACAAGAAAAAAUCAGUAUAAUAAUUUAUUUUAUGAUUUAAUUGAAUGUUCAAUGCGACAAGAAGAGGAUAAACAAUCACUUGCAGAUGGAGAAAAAUAUAAUUUGUUAAUUCAAACCUUAGAGCAAGAAUAUCUUGAGGAGCCACAUAUUAGCAUAUUUUCAGAAGCCUUUAAAUCAUUAUUAAAUGAUGUAAUAUUAAAAGAAAAG